AUUAUUUCUUUUCAGCAUCACCAGAAACACUCUAUUUGGGUGAAACCUAAAUAACACAGUUUAUAAGAGGCAUCCAAAAGCAAGGACAUUAUCAAGGACAUAUUCUUAGAACUUUUUAAUCUUUUCUUUCUCUUUUCAUUUUCCAGAAAAUGUCCACUACUGGCAAAUUCGUCAAAAUGUCCAGUUCAGGUUUUUUCUCAUUUCCAGAUCAAAGAAGGGAUGAAGAUAGUGAUAGUUCUCAAAAUGAAAGUCAGAAAAUGAGGGGAGAGGUUCACACUCAUUUAGAAGAGAGCAUUCGUCCAUACAUUGAUCUGAUUGAUACUCUGCGGUCAGUUGGCAUCCAUAAGGACUUGGCAUUACCGACUAUUGUAGUGAUUGGAGACCAGAGUUCUGGAAAAAGCUCUGUGUUGGAAGCACUGUCUGGAGUUGCAUUACCAAGAGGGAAAGGAAUUGUGACCAGAUGUCCAUUAGAGUUGAGGUUGAAGAAGGUACCAGGAGUCAACUGGAAGGCUGUUUUAACUUAUAAGAAAACAGAUGAAUCUGUGAAUUCCUCACAUAUUGCAGGUCCUAUUAAACCUAGCAAACUGGUGGUUGGAAAGGUAGCACAGUCAACACAAAAUCAGGAGAAAAUUGAAUUUACAGAUCCUUCAUUAGUUGAAGAACAUGUUGCAGCAGCCCAGAAUGAGCUGGCAGGAAAAGGGGUAGGAAUAUGUGAUGAGCUCAUCACUUUAGAGGUCAUGUCACCAGAUGUUUGUGACCUCACACUGAUUGAUCUACCUGGAAUUGCCAGAGUCCCAGUAGAAGGACAACCAGAGGAUAUUGGAAAACAGAUAAAACGUCUGAUCAUGAAAUAUAUUAAGAAACAUGAGACUAUAAACCUGGUUGUGGUCCCUUGUAACACUGACAUUGCAACAACAGAAGCCUUAAAAAUGGCACAAGAAGUAGAUCCUGAGGGCAUAAGAACUCUCGCCAUUUUGACCAAGCCAGACCUCAUAGACAAGGGAACAGAGGAGAGCAUUCUGGCUGUUGUCCACAACAAAGUGAUUCCUCUCCGCAAAGGUUACAUCAUGGUGAAGUGUAGAGGACAGCUGCAAAUUGAUGAUAAAAUUCCUCUGGAGGAGGCAGCACAAAUGGAGAGAGAUUUCUUCCAAAACCAUGAUUAUUUCAGAUACCUCUUAAAAGAGAGUAAAGCAUCUAUUAAAUCUCUUGCCGUCAAACUGACACAGGAUCUUGUUGAUCAUAUCAAAAAAUCACUGCCACAGCUCCAUGAGCAGAUAAAAAAGCAGUUGUGGAAUGUGAAGAAAGCACUUAAGGACUAUGAGGAUGGACCACCAGAAGACCUCGAGGGAGCCAAGGAUUUCCUUAUUAAAACAUUAAAUGGAUUUAAUGAGGAAAUCAAGUCUCUAUCAUCAGGAGAGCUUAAGUUGGAGAAAAAUAUGUUUGCCCAGCUUCGUGCUGAAUUCAAGAAGUGGAAUGAUUAUCUUAACAGUACAAAGACAUCAUUUAACAAUUCAAAUCAGUUGAGCGAGAAUUACAGAGGGAUGGAACUGCCUGGCUUCAUGAACUACAGAAUAUUUCAGAAGAUUCUGCAGGACCAUGUGGCAAAACUUAAGGAUCCAGCCAUGGAUUUACUCAAUGCCAUAAAAGACAUCAUCAUUAAGCAAUUCACUGAUGUGGUGAGUGAGUGUUUCCAGAAGUAUCAUGUCCUUCAAAACAUCACUAAGGACAAAAUCAACAACAUUCAGUUUACCCAACUAGAAAAGGCGGAGAAGAGAAUCUCAGAGCAGUUUAAAAUGGAAAACAGGAUCUACACUCAAGAUCCUAUUUUCCUGAAGUUCUUGAGUGAGAUUACAAACGAGACUUUUUCAGAAAAGGAGUUACCUGUCUUUGACAAAAAUUGCAAGUAUAGUCAAAUGCUGGAGGCGUAUUAUGAGAUUGUGGUGCAGCGAAUGGCUGACCAACUGCCCUUGAUGAUCAACUUUUACAUGUUGCAGGAGACUGCUCAGCUCGUGACUACUGACAUAAUGAAAUUAGUGGAAAAGCCAGAUGUGCAUGAUCUCCUGUCUGAGGACUCUGAUGUCAGCAAAAGGCGCAACGACCUAAGAGCUCGUCUGAAUCGUUUGACUUCUGCUACAAAAGCAAUUAAAAAAAUUUAUUAAUGACUAGAAGAUCUAUCUGAAAAAAAAAACAAUACAAAAAUACUAAUAUAAAAUACUUAUAUAUCUAAUGUUAAUCUUGUAAUGUAUCUGACAACUUCUAUCCAACCAUCCAUUUUCCACGCUUGUUUAAGUGUUGCAGGAUUUGACAAUUUAAACCAAAAACCUUUCGGUAACACUUUAGAAUACUGUUCCAUCAUUACCGAAUAACUACAAAAGGACAUGAGUAACACAAUAUUAGCAGUCUAGUAACUACUAGUAUCUAACAAGAAACUCUGAAUGAAUUAGUAAGUAAUAGUUAGUCAAGUUCACUAUUUGCUAGUCAGUAACUACUAUUAUUUUCUUACCUCUCUAAGAACUAACAAUAACUACUAUUUACAGGUUCAUAGUUAAUAUGAAUAAUGCAUAAUGUAUAAUUAAUUCUAAGGUGAAGGCCAUGGUAACCCACUAGUAAUGACUCACAUAUUACCAAAAUCUUCAAAAGGAAUUACUAAUUAUUUGGAUCAGAAUUCUAAAGUGAAUGACAUGAUUAAUUCUCUUUUAAUGACUGAAAUCAUUGUAAGCUUUUGAGGGUUUUUUAAAGUAUUGGAUAGUAAUUAUUCAGGUGUUACUACAUCUUUCAAAAUGUAUUACUAAUUUUUUGGAUCUGUAUUCUAAAGUGAAGAUCAUGAUAACUCCAUAGUAAUUACUGAAAUCAUUGUAAACUUUUGUGGUAAGGUUCUGGUUAGUAAUUCAUUUUGCUAGAUUUGGUAAUACAUAAAUCAUUACUAGUGGGUUACCGUGAUCUUCACUCUAGAAUACUGAAUUUCAAACGAUUCAGUUCGAUUUGGUGAACUGGUUCGACCAUUCACUAAGAAGAUCCGGUUAAAUAGAAUGAUUCGUUUGCGAUCCAGACAUCACUAAAUGAGGCAAAACCAAUAAAACCCAUUACAAACGAGGCAUUUAUUGCAUCCAUUGGGGACAUAAUUACUGAUGAUAAUGACUUAUACUGUCUUUUUACGCGUUGUGUUGCCUAUAGCACUGCGCAAACAUA